GAUCGAUCAGCUGAUAAUUUUGUGCUACUCUGCAAAAACUCAUCCGUAAGGUUCCCAGAUUUCAUUAUGUUUUCGUGGUUGCAGUCCAUAAAGAUUUUUGGAUUUGCUCUGUCCGCUGAUGCGCCAAAUUGUUGGUAGCACUUUGAAGGCACAGAUCUGUUGGUGAUACCACGCGCAGUAGAAUGGUGAGAUUCCGUCUCGUGAGUUCUGUGCGGUGCGAUAUCGAAUACGACGCGAAGUGGGGCAUCGGAGAGGAAUAUUGGGAUAAUGCCAUAUCGUAAAUAUUAAGGGUGUAUCAUUGAAAUUAAUGUGCACGCUGGGGGAUAUGUGGAAUCUGGAAUUGCUAUAGAGUUUUCAUUUAGAUUGUUAGCAUGAACGCUGGAGAUUCAGAACGUGAAUCAAAACGGCUCAAAAUAGAUUUGACGGCCACAUCCACAAGCGCAUCAGAUGUGUCUUCCGCAUCAGCACCACGGACUGAAUGUGCUUCAUCCUCCAAAGAUGUGGACGACAUUCUACGGAGGGGAUGUUUCUCCGAUAAUUUUCGACCAACUAAAGCCGUUUUCCCUCCCGGUUUUCGACAAGUUGUCCCUCCAUCGGAUCUCUUGGGUUUCAAUUCGGAUAUUGCUCGUACAUUUCGUUGUCCUCCUGUCGCUGCGUCGCAUCUUUCUACGAACAUUGACAAGUACUGGGAUCUCAUGAAAUCCAGAAGUAUCUCGCUGCAGAAAGCUGGUGGCGCCGUUUGUGCUGCGUAUGAAACGGCAUACGGAGACCAGAUCGCAUUGUUUUCAAGUUUUUUAGCAGCAGCAAUAAAUGAUGGGCAAAUACCGUAUCAACCGCAAACAACGCGCGAGCGGGUGCUUGCAUUGAUUCACGAGAAGACACAAGACAACAGAAUACGCUUAUCCCAGUUUAUGCAGAUGCUACCGGGAUUUGAAAGCGUUUGCGAAGAGGAUCGGCAGAUUUUGCUUUUGGAAAAACACCUUAUAGGUGUUUUGCUGCAUCAUACACGGUAUUUUCGCAAAGGGGAGUGCUAUUAUGUUUCCGGUCCAGAGGAAGUGCAUGUCGGCACCUACUGGAUGGAAGUGAUGGGAUUGGAUCCUGAAUUCAUCCGCUUUUGGCUGAAAUGUGGCCUCGUAUUCAAUGAUAUUGGGUUGACCUUGACGGAAUGCUAUUUAUUACUGGCCGCAGCGUUUUUCGAUCCAGGUGCUACUGCCGCUUCGGAUAAGCUGCUGUUGGGAUCUCUUCAUGCAUUUUAUUUAGAUUCGUUGUUUUAUUUGAUUGGCCAUCGUUUACAAGGUGCAGAACGCAUGUCCACAUACACAAGACUGGAGCAAGCAAUGAAAAUUUUUCCUGUCCUCAGUGAUAUUUCCGUGAAACAAUUUCGAAGUUUGGAUGCCGGUAGUGUCCCGUUUGUCUCCACAUCUCGCGAAUCGACAUGAAGCUGAGGAAUCUCUUCUUUUCCCCCUCUGCCAGCCUGGAGAUGAUCGAGUGCUCAUCGCUUUAUCAUUUUCUUGGGUGAUAUCUAUAGUUUUAUUUAUUGAUAUUUCGCACUUUGUGAUAGUUCAAGUUGUGAGUGUCGGUUUAAUUUUUUUAAUUCUUGAGUUAGUGAAAUACAUCGUUUGUAUCUUUACACCGUUUCACAGAUUCUUGUCAGCGUUCGGUUGUUCUGUCCUAAAGUUCGCGCAUUUGCUUAACGCGCUAUCGUGCAUGUGUACAACAACUGUUUUCUUCAUUUUCUCCAGAAAGUUGAACACUUACUGUAUAUCCGAGAAUCUCAUUUUAUAUCAAGGAACUGCCUGUAGUUCGAUAGGUUAUAAAAGUUGGUGAGCGG